UUGUGGUUGGUAGGUACUAUUACAGGUACAUAAACAUGACAAUAAUAAUCAGACUUCAAGGUCUUCCCUGGGCAGCUAGUGCAUUGGAUGUACGACAUUUCUUCAAAGGAUUGACAAUACCGGAUGGUGGAGUUCAUAUCGUUGGAGGUGAAUCUGGUGAUGCUUUUAUCGCAUUUGGUGGCGAUGAAGAGGCAAGGAAGGCAAUGCUCAUUACUAAUCAACCUCUGUGUGGCUCUAAAAUUACUUUAAUGCUAAGUAGCAAAUCAGAAAUGCAAAAUGUUAUUGCAGCAAGUAGAGCUGCUCAGGCUAGAAAACGUGGUGAUCCUUUUGAUGGAGCCGUUGCUGCAGGAAAUGAAGGAAACAUUACCCCUACACUUGAUAAUAGAGGUUUUGGUCAAUCUAAAUCAGGUUUUCCAGCUGAGCAAUCCAUUCAAGGAGGUCCUCCACCACCAUACAAACCAAACAUAACAGGGCAACAUCCAACGCCCCCAUAUGAUAGAAGAACAGAAACUGCUCCUUUGUACGGAAGACCUGAUGAUCGGCCUUUCCCACCCAGAGGAAGAGAACCAGUACCACAUGGGCAUAUGGAUAGACCUCAAUUUGAACAACCUCCAUAUGAUCAAAUGCGAAUGGGAGAUCAACUUGAACUAAUGAGCCGACCAUCAAAUCAUGGGAGAUCGGCUGAACCUUCACACUUCGGUAGGCUUGGUGAAGAGCCAUUCAACAGAGAUGAGCCAUUCAACAGAGAUGAAAUGCAUCCUCACCACCAACAACACCCAUUGCCGCCACAUCAAAGUCAACCUGGCCAGCGCCUAGACCAACGACCACAACAACCACUUUUAGCAACUCCAAUCAUGCCUGGUGAAGGCCCUGCACAAUUUCAGUCCCCUCUUCCAAAUAAUGAGGCAUUUAACAGGAACCAAGUUGUCCCCACAUUUGAUCAAAACAGACCUGAGGAGCCAUCUUUUAGGAAUGGUAACUAUGGAAACAUGUUUAAUGAAGAAAGGCGUUUUGGCCCCCCUGACAGAUCGGAGAGAAGAUACCCAGAUAAUUUUUCAGAAAAGCCAGAAGAACCACCACAUUUCAGAGAUACAGGUGGAAGACGGAGCGAAUUUCUCUUUGGAAAUCAGUCUGAAAGAUCGGGUGAACAACCUUAUAGGUUUGAAAAUAAGCAUGGCGCGGAUAGUAGACCUGAUCGUGAGAGGAAUCGUUAUGGUUCUGGUUCUGGUUCCAAACAUGGAGACAGUUCUAGGUACAAUGAUCAAAGGCACCGUGGAUCUCAUGAUGAUAGGGGAGGACGUAGUCGUUCUGAAUCCCAAUCAGACUCGAGCCAUCGACAUCAUGAAAGAUCUUUUAUGGAUGAUCGACCCAACAGACCACAGUAUCGAAGAGAAGAUUCUGAAUCAUUCAAUGAAGAAAAAAGAAGGGGAGAUGAUGGUUUUUGUGUUCGUCUUCAAGGACUUCCAUUUUCAUCUUCUGAUGAAAAUAUAAAGAAGUUCUUCGCAGGUUUAGAGAUUGAUCGUGAUGGUAUUAGGAUUUCAACUGAUUCAUUUGGAAAGAGAACCGGAGAUGGUUUUGUGAAAUUUAGAAACCAGAUGGAUCACCAAGAAGCAUUAAAAAGGAGCAUGAAGUAUAUGGGAACAAGAUAUAUCAAAGUUAUUCCUUGUCCUGAAAAGGUUUGGGCCUCAUGUGGGGCAGAUUUUGAAAGGCGACACAGUAGAGAUGCUUUCCAUUCAGACAGACAGCACCAAGAUGCCCCAAACUUUAGUUCCAGAAGUUCCCAUCGGAGUAGAUCCCGUUCCCCCAUAAGAGACUCUUUAUGUGUAUCCUUGCGAGGACUUCCAUUUGUUACAAACACAUCCCACAUCUUUGAUUUCUUCAAAGGUUUAGAUGUCCCGGAAGAAAACAUCUUUCUAGAAGUAAAUGAAAAAGGAAAUUGUAAAGGUGCAGGUUAUGUUGAAUUCAAAACGGUGCAUGAUUUUAGAAAAGCUCUUGCAAGAAAUAGGCAAUAUAUUGGAACUCGUUUUGUAACAGUAAUGGCUAUUGCAAAGGAAGAUAUGAAAGCUCAGAUCAGAUCACAUCCUAACUGGAUGCGCACCGUUUCACAAAUGUCGACAGCACCUGCUACACCAACAAGUGAUGAUAAGAAGUUGCCAUUAGAAGAUAAAAUUGAACCCCCUAAAGAUGAUGUGAAAGAGAAAGGCAGUUCUGAAAAUGCUCCUAAAUCUAUUACAGAUGAAGGUACAUGUAUUCGUAUGAAAAACAUACCAUAUGCUUCUAACAGAGGGGAAAUCUUGCACUUUUUGUCUGGUAUUGCCAUAGUCCAUCAAGGAAUAGAGAGAACAUAUAAUGAGAAAGGUCUUCACACUGAUGAAGCGUAUAUCGAGUUUUAUUCUGUAGAAGAUGCUAAGAGAGCUGAAGCAAGAAAUGAAGGCAAGAUUAGGGAUAGAACUAUUUAUAUAACUAGGGUCAGUAAAUCUGAAAUGCUACAGCGUUUGAAAGAUAAUGAACCGCUUCAACAACUGGCAUCUGAGAGAAGAGCUUCUAUUGCAGCUUCACGUGGUGGUCCACUGAUUCCAGGUGGUCCACCUAUGCAUCAUGGUGGACCAAAUGGGGAAAUGGGAAGAAGAGAAUGGCAAAGACCUCCCCCUGACAUGAUGGGGCCUAGGCAGCAUCCAAGAGAGGGUGGGUAUGGCAAUGAUAGAAGGCAUGAGGGAAGGCCAACAGGUGUAGAAAAUUUAGGUGGUAGGGCGUGUGUCGUAGGAGCAACAAAUAUUCCCUAUAGUGCUACUAUUCCAGAUAUCCUCAAUUUCUUCAAUGGAUAUGGAGUACUUCCCGACUCUGUGCGGAUACACUUCAAUGAUGCAGGCCGGCCGACAGGAGAUGCUCUGGUAGCUUUUGAUGGUCCACAUGAAGCUAACAGAGCUCUUAGGGAUCUCAACAACACCUUUAUGGGACCAAGAAAGGUACAACUGUACAUGGCAUAA